AUGUCGUCAACGAAGAAUAAUCCUCAGUCCCUCAGUUCCACGCAUCUCGAGGAUGCCACCGACAUCAAGCAUGCUGCCGAUAAUAACAGGGUCGACCCAGAAGUCGCAAAAUACGCUUCUGCGGCUGCCAUCGAGAUCGACAACGAGACCAACAAACGACUGAAAAGGAUGAUUGACAAGCGAGUUCUGCUCGUCAUGAUGGUGACAUACUUCCUUCAGGCACUUGACAAAGGAACGAUCUCGUUUGCCUCGAUCAUGGGGAUCGUGGAUGAUACUCGGCUCGUCGGGCAGCAGUACAGCUGGUUGACAACCAUUGUCUACAUCGCGGUUUUGGUAGUUGAAUACCCGACGAACUGGAUCAUACAACGCAUCUCGGUGGCCAAGUAUCUCGCAGCCAACAUCAUCUGCUGGGGCGCUGUGCUUGCGCUCCAUGCGGCCUGUCGAAAUUUUGGAGGCUUGCUUGCCGUCCGGUUCUUCUUGGGAGCCCUUGAAGCUUGUUGCCAGCCAUGUUUCGUGUUCCUUUCAGGCAUGUGGUACCGACGUUCUGAACAAAGUACGACAGUGGUUCUUUGGUAUGCCAUGAACGGCUUACAGCAGAUCGUCGGGGGUCUCCUGGCCUACUGUUUCUCGAACAUUCCCGACAAAUCCCCUAUUCACUCUUGGCAAGCACUGUUUAUAACGUACGGAUGUAUCACCGUACUUUGGGGACUCUUUGUUCUCUGGUGGAUGCCCGACUCUCCAAUGAAGUCAAAGUGUUUCUCCGAGGACGACAAGAAGCUCAUGGUCGAGCGCGUUCGCAGCAAUCAGAGUGGACUGCAAAACAGAAAGUUUCGAGUAGAACAGAUUUACGAGGCUCUGCGAGACCCGCAAACGUACGCGUUUGGAAUGAUUCAGAUCUGCACCACCCUUCCCAACUCUGGCCUCAAUGCUUUUUCAGCACUUCUGGUCAAGAGCUUUGGCUUCGAUGUCCUCCAGACACAACUUCUGUCCAUGGUUUUGGGUGCUGUCAUGAUAAUCAUCAUGUUCGGCGCCGUUUGGGUGGAUCGAAAGACCGGACAGCCCAUUUACGCCAUGGCUGCAUCGGUGAUUCCCUCAAUUGCCGGUACCGUGGUCCUCAUGACUGUUGAACGCACAAGCAAGGCAAAUGAGAUCGGUCUGCUCCUGGCCUACUACGUCACGAUAUCAUUUUGGGCCUGCUCUGCCUUAUGCCUCUCCCUAAUCACCCGGAAUGUCGCGGGCCAGACCAAGAGAUCCUUUGUCAUCGCUACCAACUUCCUAUGCUGGGCUGUAGGAAACUGUAUCGGGCCUCAAGUAUUCCGCUCCAACGAUGCUCCUCGAUACUUCAUCGCAUUCUCAGUGCACGUCGCUUGCUAUGGUGUCCUAGCCGCAACGUUGCUAUUGCUACGGGCCUACUAUGCGUACAGCAACAGGGUCCGGGAUAAGAGAACAGAGGAUGGUGAGAUUACCGUGGAUAGUACGCUCGCGCAUGGAUUUGAAGACAAGACAGACAAGGAGAAUUUGAACUUUAGGUAUCACUACUAG